GCAUGGUGUCGGUAUACGACAACGGUUCAUCUUUCCUUUACUUCGUGAAUUUCAAGGGGCAGAGCUUUAUGCGUGCAGAGCAUUUAACCUUAUAUCUCUUGUGGACACUGCCAGUAGCACCGUUCACAGACCAGUAAUUCAGCUCACUACGCAAAACGCAAUACACAUUUACUGCCAUCAACUGCUCCCUUAUGGCUCUCCCGUCGCUUUUGUCGGGUAUAGCACGACGCCAGACGCUCAGCGCUAAGGGGAUUUUCCUGAAGGCACAUCGUUGCUUGACUUCAGCUCCUGAACCCUCGUCGUCGGAGCCUGGUAGCGCCUCGCAUUUGCGCGAAUUCCGGGCCCAGGUUCAGGCGUUCGCACAGCAGGUCAUCGCUCCACAUGCCGAGUCAAUUGACCGGGAGAAUAACUUCCCAUCAAGCGUGAACUUAUGGCGGGAGAUGGGCAACUUCGGCCUGCUCGGCAUCACUGCCCCUCCUGAGUACGGUGGUCUCGGACUGGGCUACUCCGAGCAUUGCAUAGCCAUGGAGGAGAUUAGCCGUGCCAGCGGCUCUGUGGGCCUUAGCUACGGCGCCCACUCCAACCUGUGUGUGAACCAGAUCGUCCGCAACGCCACACCGGAGCAAAAGGCCAAGUACCUCCCAAAACUCAUUUCAGGCGAGCACAUCGGCGCCCUGGCCAUGAGUGAGCCCGGCAGCGGCAGCGAUGUCGUCUCCAUGCGCUGCCGAGCGGAGCGCAAGCAGCAACCCACCUCCUCCUCCUCCUCGGCUUCCAGCUCCUCCUCGUCCUCGCCGCCCUUUGUGCUGAACGGCACCAAGAUGUGGUGCACCAACGGCCCCAAGGCGGACCUGCUGGUGGUGUACGCCAAGACCGACCCCGCUGCGGGGCCGCGCGGCAUCACCGCCUUCCUCAUCGAGCGCGGCAUGCGCGGCUUCCGUACGGCGCAGAAGCUGGACAAGCUGGGCAUGCGCGGGAGCGACACGUGCGAGCUGGUGUUUGAGGAUUGCGAGGUCCCCGCAUCCAACGUGUUGGGCCCCGUGGGCGGCGGCGUGGGCGUCAUGAUGAGCGGCCUGGACUACGAGCGGCUGGUGCUGGCGGCGGGGCCCUGCGGCCUCAUGGCGGCCGCACUGGAUGUAGCGCUGCCGUACGCCACGCAGCGCAAGCAGUUCGGGCAGGCCAUCGGGGAGUUCCAGCUCAUCCAGGCCAAGCUUGCCGACAUGUACUGCCGGCUGCAGUCCAGCCGCGCGUUCGUGUACUCGGUGGCCGCAGCAGCAGACAGCGGCGCACCCGCGGACCGCAAGGACUGCGCCGCCGUCAUCCUGACCGCCGCGGAGGCCGCCACGCAGUCAGCACUGGAUGCAAUUCAGAUCCUGGGAGGUAACGGUUACAUCAACGACUACCCGACCGGUCGGCUUCUGCGGGAUGCGAAGUUGUACGAGAUCGGCGCCGGAACCAGCGAGAUCCGCCGGUAUCUGAUUGGACGGGAGCUGUUCAAGCAGAGCGUCGAGGGACAGCUGCCGUACAACUGAUGCUGCAGUACGAUUGAUACUGCAGUACAAAGCAUGCUGCAGUACAACUGAUGCUGCUGCAAGGGAUGCCGCUGCAAGUUGUUCUAUAUGCAACCGGAAAUAGUAGGCUGCAUCGCUCAGGAAGGCUGCUCCGGGACAUGUUCAGUAGCUAGCACUAAGUUUUGUUUUGUAGUUCUGUUUGUCGUGCACAUAUGGCUCUCUUUGCUUCAUUGGAUCAAGGUUAGCCAGCAUUGGUAGAUAGCCAAGGUCAUCCAGCCGGUGUUCUUACACCGCUCUCGCUUUUGGGUUGCGUUGUAGCUUCUAUCUUGGUGUAUCAGAGACGCGGUAUCAACCCGAGGAGAAACGGAUGUUAAGUUUAAGGCAUCGCGUAAUUGUCGUUGCCCAUUGCACAGGUUGCGUUCGUACAGUUCGUAGCUCCUCGUAUGUCCGGUCGUCUGGCACCUCAUCUCAUCUGCAGGGGCGAUUAGUCGUAGGGAACGCACGCUUCCCCUGGCGCUCUUAGGGCUGUACGUGUUGUACCUUUUCUGUUGUACCAAAUGUUUUGCUGUUGUACAAUGCUGGGUUUGCUGUAGCGGCUUAUUACUAAGACGCCUGGCAUGUUGUAUAUUAUAUGCACCGUGGCUUACGUCAUUACGUACCACAGUAGUUGUAGGCUAGGGUUUAUCCGGAAUGUACGGAAGUCCGUUGGCGUCCUUUUGAUGUGUACGAGGUGCGUUACCAUCUUCGCCGUUAAGGAGUUCUGUCGUGAUCACGCUAAGAAAGAUUCCAAUAUGACGUGAAUACCGGUUUAAGUUCGGUUCACGUUCACGGUGCGUUCCAUAGAUAAUGGGGCAUUGGUGGAAGUCAAGGUUUUGGUACGAACGUAAGCGACCCAUGGUUCAUGCCAUGGGGUGGUAUCAGACUGGGAAUGUAGUGGAAUGAUGCUGUUGGUGCACUGCUGACCGUUUACAGCGGUCCCAUUACUGGCUAGAUCCGAAGGAUGGCGGUGCUUCUCCAAGUGACUGUGUGUUCACUACAGGCUGCUGCUCGGUAAGGCGACAACAUUGUGGCGCAAUGACACCUCCGUAUUCGUACGAGUGCAGGAUGCAUGCCUGUUUGAAAGUAUACCUUGUAAAUGUUUAGGCAAAGCGCCAGCCUGUUAACUAUUACUGAACGAGCGACCCACUUGGCUUGUGCCACAGGCGGUAAAAUCUUGUUGGUUGUGCGAAAAUGAAGGGCGAUGGCAGCAGUGGAUGCGAUGUUAUUCACUCGCUACGGUGCUACGGUCCCCUUACUGGGGGAUAGUGCUCCUCCAAGCGACUGCGUGAUAAAAGCAGGCUGCUGCACUGGCGUGUCAGUAUUCGGAGAGGCGGCGAUUGAUGACGCACAUGCAUGAGACCUUCAUAUGAUUGAGUGCCGGCU